UGUGUCAGUCCUUUAGUGCUUGCUCACCCGUUGGUGGCUGCUGUUGGUGAUCUCUAAAAGAAAUGCGAAAAGGUAGUCACGGGUAUGAGAGUUCCGUCCCUUAAACAAACAUGGCGGAAUGUGCAGACGAAAAUGAGGAACACACGUUGAGAAUAGAAGCUGCUGAAGUGAUAAAGGAAGUGGCAUAUGCUGUCACCUUUGUUGAUAUAUCAAAAAUUCUUCCUAGUUCAGAGUCAUUAGUGUAUUUAAAUUUGUGCACAAAGGAAAAUGAAACUUUCUGUGUGGAAUUGUCUGUGAAAGGAUUUCGGGUGGUUGGACGUAAAUUUGAUACGGUGAAUAUAUUGAGUGACUCUGCAAGAUUCCACGAAACUAUAUAUAGUCUACUUGAUGAUGUAAGCCCUACUUACCGAAACUCCUUCAGUGAAAUUUUAAUGCAGAAGCUACAGCAGCUACAACACCAAGAAGAGCAUGAGUCAAUGGACACAAAGUGACUGUGGCAAAGAAUUAUUCCAAAGAAAUAACACAGAUGAACAGAAACAGUCAAACAAGAAGUAAUCCCACUAUGCAAAGUGAAGCAUACUUUUGACAUGUACUGAUAUUGUAUUUAUGCAAACUGAAAUUUAUAAUGCAAUGACUAAAUGAGGUCCUGCUAAUGCUGGAACUCAUGGAGGGACGUUUAAUUUUUAACUAUUGACCUUUAUAUUAUCCAUAUUGUACUUUUGUGUCAGUAAGUAACAUGGAACUUAGCAGAGUUUCAUUGAACUAAAUCAAUGGAUUGAGUAAACAGGAAAGAAGGAAGCUCCAUUCUUAUGUGGACUAAAUGUCACACACACACACACACAGAAAAAAUAAUUAAGAUUUUGUGUUUUUGUAAUAAGUCCCCUCCUUACAUUUUGAAACAGUAAUAAAACAAGUUAGUUCUUCAGGGGACGACAACAAUGAUUAUCAGGAAAAACAGUAUUUUUAAAAUAAAGUUAUUGCUUUUUUUGGAUGCAUGCCAGUCCUUGAGAAUUACUUUGUUACUGUUAAAGAACCACAAACACUGACAGAGAGAUAGAGAAGCUACCUCUAGCAUGUGACAAAAAUUGAACACCAGAAAGCAUAAACAUCCAGAUUGUUUCCCCUCCUGCAAAGAGCAAUGAACACCUGAUUUAUCAAGGAAGAUUUAAUGUGGCAGAAAAUGAUUGCCCUCCCCCUUUACAUGCAAUCCUGUAAACAUCAACUAAACAUGCCCUAAAAGAUCUUCAUGCCCUGCCCUUAUGGCCACCUGUUUACAGACCUUUACAAUUAUAUAUGUAUAUACUUAAAUAUUAAGUGUUCUGUAUGAUGUGAGACUGGCAAGAGAAAAUCUUCACUGAAACUAAAAUGAAGUAAGGAUAAAUCAAGUUGUAUGUAUAAUAAAUGAGCAUAAUUGCUUUUUAGAAAUCCAGGAUGUGAUGAUGUCUUUAUUACUGAUUUUUUUUUAUCUGUUCUGAUGCUGUUCUAUCAAAUGCUUUUGAUAGGUUUUUGAAUUUUGUGUUGUGUCAUUUUAUGGUUUAUAACUAUUGAAGAUGUUAGAUUCACCUGAUACUUUUAAAUUCUAUAAACAUAUGAAAAUGCUUUUUUCCAGUUUAGGUGUCUUGAUUAGUUUUUAAAAAUUAAUGUAACUUUGCUCUGAUUUUAAUAUGUAUGUACAACAGUGAAGGUAUAAUAACAGACAUAUUUAAAUGAUACAUUUUUAAUACACCAUACGAUUAAUACUCUUCUCUGGGUUGGCCUAUUCCCUGAUUGUAAUGUUAAAUUGCUUUGUUUAAAAAAAAAAUCUCGUUUAAAUUCAUCAAGUUGGUGCUUUUACUUUUGGUUUAAAUAUUCACCUCGUGGAGAUUCAUGCUCUUCCAGAUUACAGAAGUUUCAGCAGAUCAUAAAACAGUUAUCCAUAAAUACAAGCUUAGGAAACCGUGAAUGUUGAUUAGAAUAGUAUCAUUCCACAACUAACCUUGCCUUGUACUGUACUUGAAAUGUUUGAAAAUUAUUUUCUUAUAUUGAGAAACAGAAAUUUUCUAAUUGGCUGUUGCCAUUUCUUCUCUGGAUUGAGAUUUUUUAUUUAUAUUUUUCUGACACUGUGUUCAUCACUUCAUGUUUUCACCUGUAUGCUGCAUGCUUCUGUUUCAUUGCCAUUAAAAAUGAAGUGCCUUAUUGUUAUAUUGUACGAAAUGUUGUAAAAGGAUAUUUUACUUGGGAAAGUUGCAAAGGGUUUUAUUGUUUUCUCAAGAGAGAAAUAUGUGGACAUAUUUAUUUGUAAUUUACAAAAAAUAUGAGCAUUCAUGCACACAUUCAUGAAAUCUGUAAUAUAUUAUUAAGUACUUCUACUGCUUAGAAUAAAUUUCUCUUUUGGCUGUUGUCUGAUGCCCUUGCCUGCUGUUCUCAGGUGUAAACAAGCUGCUUAUGUAGUGCUUUAUGGCAGUAAAUGUGUUCUGCCUUUCGAGGCCUAAAUUAGAUUAAGUUGGAAUACUUUAACAAUAUGUUGAGUAAAAACUUAAAACUGAGAUUUUUCCAGUUCUGUACUUGGUUGAUUAUGUUGUUAAUUUUUUUUUAAAGAUAUAUAUAUAAAAUAUUAAUGGUCUGAAAUAACUGAGCUAUGCAGUGUUGUACUUUCAUGUUGUGGAAGCUUUCUUGCCAUGUUGGACCAUGCAUGCUUAGCACGUUUUAGAUUCUGACCACAUAUUGUCAGGGCUACAUCAUUUAGAAAAUAUUUUGCCUUCCAUACUGCUAUAAUUUUAUGAAUGCAUAAUAGUGAUUAAAUCUUGAUUAAACAGCUGUUUAUCCUCUCACACUUAGGUAUAAGACAUACAAGGUGUUUUGGUCAAGACCUUGUCACUUAUGCAGUAAGGACCAUGAAAAGUAUGGUUAGAUCUCCUCCCCGGCAAGAUGAAGUUCAUCUCUGGAUGAGGUUGGCUGACUAGCUCUCAUUAAUGGUUGACUUGGCCUACAACACCAAUAACAAUUACGAAAACAGAUGUACUGCUUGAAAACAUCGUGUUGCACCAUGAAAUCACAGGGAUAUACAGUUUCCUUCAUUGCAACUACUGAUGGCUCUGAAUCUUACGCAGAACCUGCCAAGAAAAUCAAUUUUAACCCCAAACAGCGUCAACGUGUGUAAAAACUUCAUCUACUUAAAGUGAAAAUGGCCGAUGAUCUGGAGAAGAGUUACAUGUUGUAAUGUCUGUUAUAAGUUAGGUAAAUCCAUUUUUUCUACAAAUAGAAGCCAGUUGUUUGUUGUACUUCUUGUUGCACUAGAAUGAAAUUUUACAGCGACUGAGGAAAGCCUUGAAUUAUGAACUUAGAAUCUCUAAUGUGUUGCUGAAUCAGUUCAUGCAGCCCAUCAAGCCUUAGCGCUUGCCUAAGAUACCAAGCACAUCCAUUUUUUUUUAUGCUGGCUUUAAUGCCCAUCUGCCUAAUUGUUUUGAAUUUUAGGUGUAGUCAUACAUAUUCAUUCAACUCAGUCUUAAUACAUUGAAAUGGCAAUUUCAGUGUCCUGAGUAUUACUGCUGAUUAACUAGUUAUCAAAAUUGUCUUCUCAAGAACUGUCUACUAUCUAGGAAAAAAACUACUACAUUUUGAAGUGGAAUUAAUUCUCCAUGAGUUUGAAGUUUAUUUUUCUAAUGUGGCAUCAAGAUUGAGUUAUGUUGAUGUCUGUAAAUUUGUUAAUGUCUGUUGGAAUUCAGCGUACAAGGGAGACAAACUGUUACUUAUUUUGUUUUUUACACGCAGUUGGCAGGACGACUGUUUUGCCAUUUUACUUAGUAGUUAAGUUCAUUGAUGUGACUUAAGAGUCUAUCAGGACUUAGUAAUUCAGCUCACCAUAUGGGAAUACUUUUAUUUACUGUUUAGAUCAGUUUAUUUACUGUUUGUGUGCACCAGCAGCAUCAUUCUCUGUGAAAAAAACAGAGUGACAGCAGAAAAUGGCAGAUGAUGAACAACAGCCAAGGUUAAGAAUGUCCACCAUUUUAAACAUAACUCAUUCAUUCCUGUACAUGGAGGAUGUCAUGUGAUGUAUGUGCUUGCAAAGUUGCCUGUAUUGUAUUUUAACACACGCAGAGGUAGCUUCACUUUCUUGCAUGUGCAAGUUUUCAUGUAAGGAGCAUUUAAGACUUUAAAAUUGUGUUACUUUACAAUUAAAAAAGCAAUAUUCAAACUAAUAAUGCUGCAUAAUUUCCAGCAUUUAAAUUUUAGUAACAAAACUGUAUUUUUAAUGCAUCAAUAUUUUAAUGUAAGCAGCAAGUGAUAAAACAGUUUUUCACCUGUUUACAAUGAGAGCACCUCAAGUUUUCAGUUCUAAUGUAUCACAUUUACUACAGAUAGUAAAGUAUAAUAAAUACACUUGUUUCAUGACAUACAUUCACCUGUGAUUCAAGGUUUAUAUAGACUUGUACAUUCUUGGCAGAUGUUUUACACAUUUGACAGUAAAAUAAUUACGAAGAUCUUUCAGAGAGAGGUUGUUGGAAACUGGAGAGCAUAUUCUAGUUUAAUUAAAGUUCCAUGUAGGUAGUUGUAGAUUUGCCAAGCAUAAAGAAUAUUCUUCCUGUGCACAAAUGGGAAUAUAUUUUUUUAGCAUAUUAUGAUAUUGACUGCACAGUAUUAGUGUAUUUUGCUUACAGUAUUUGUACUAUGUAUUUUUGCUGUAAGCGGUGCUUGAGCAUGUGUGUUGUAAAUGAGAAUGUCACACUGUGUGUGACCUCUCUUGUGCAGAAUCUGAGAACCUGUCUAGAAAGGCAAAUGCAGUUUUUGCUUCAUUUGUCCAUUGUGAUUGUCAUUUAAAUGUUUUGAAUUGAUUUCUCCUCUUCACUUUCUAAAAAUCUUAAAUUUAUUUCAGUAGGAGAAAUGGAGCAAUAGCCACAGUAAUUACCUGUAAUAUGCAUCGAGGUCCUACAGUCUUCACAUAAAAGAAAUACAUGAUAUCCUUGUAAAUUGAACAUUUAAUGAAUUGUGUUGAGUCAGUAGUGGUCAGCAUCUAUUUUUUUUUCUUCUUUUUUUCUCUGCUUCUCGUCAUUAAUAAGUGUUCACAGUUAUGUGUUAGUCUUCCAGCAAUACUUAUGCUCCUGUAGUACUGACUAUGAUAGGGGUGCCUCAGAUCAACUCUAAUAAAAUAAGCUAAAUAAAAUCUUUUGAUUUUUUGGACGUCAAGUUUAACAGUCGCAGAAAAUCAUCUACUCAUUAAACUGAGCAUCACUCUUAUUUUGUUACUUUUUCUGCCCCACAUCAGUAUGCAUGAAGAUUUUUCCUGGAACAUUUGUUUGUAGCUUUGAAUGGUACAGAAAAGUGUUGUGUUAUGAUUGUAAAGAAUAACAAGAUGCAUAUAAAUGUCUGUAUUUUACCAGAAGUUAUUUUUCUCUGUUGUUAUUUUAGUUAUGAGCUAAUUAUAUGUAUUUUAAACUUUUUCCCCAAAUCUAUUGUACAAGUAACAAGCAUUUCACAUUUUAAUAAAGAUUUAAUUUAUACUCUGA